AUGGAAACAGUCACGAAUGUGCUUCUUGUCACUGCAAACGUCGGCUCACUCUUUAAUAAUGUCGGUGAAAUUCAAAGUGAAUGGUUAAAACAACUGUACAAGACUAUCCAGAGCUACAAGCCACACUUCAUUGCCCUGCACUCCCAGGAGGUGGGAGGAAAGGACUAUAAGACAAACAUGGGCCAUGCAGAAGACUUCUUCUGGACCCUCGGUUCCAGUGAAGAAAUGAAAGACUUUGACAGGUCUUGCAUUUAUGUGGACAACCAGUUCAGAGGAGAUAGCUUCACGGCUUUGGGGAACAUGUACUUCAUCCACAAGACACUGAACAAUAUACAACAGUAUGACUUUCAUGUUGAGGAUUUUAUACCAGUGUUGGGGAAGAACAGGUAUAUGGGCUCUCUGGACAGGGUCACCACCGUGGAGAAAGAAAAACUCCCAAAGAGUUUCUGUCCUGAUUUCAAGUGGUCCAGAAAGGGCUUCAUGAGGGCCUGCUGGAUUAUACACAACCAAGGUCUAGACCUGGUAAAUGUCCACCUGUUCCAUGAUGCCUCUAACCUCAUUGCCUGCAACUCCAGUCCUUCCAUUUACUCAGCCAACCUUGGCAAGUCAGAGGUGUCACACAGAUGCAGCUCACGCUGUGUCAGUCCUCUGACCUUCGACAGUCAGGCUGUGGGAGAAAACAUACGUCUGAGUCAUGGAGGUCGACUCGCAGAGAAGACUGAUAACACCUUCAUGAAUGGGCUGGUGUUCAGCAACCGACCAGUGAAGAUCCAGGAGAAGAUUUGUCUGAGAAUAGAGAAGGAUUCAUCCAUCUGUUACGGGGCUCUGCGUGUGGGCUUUACCACUGUGCCACCCUCAACCAGAUCUCUGCCUCUGCCCUGCAUGUCCAUGCCCAACCUCACUGACAAGCCCGGACACUGGGUUGUUCCAUUGCAUGAAUCUGUCUGCCAAGCAGGUUCAGAGCUGGAGUUUUGGGUUUCUUCUCAAGGCAGCAUAUACAUAGGUGUCAACAACGAGGCGUACGAGCGACAACCAGGAGUGGACACUAAACAGCCGCUGUGGGCCAUGAUAGACAUCUACGGACAGACGCGCUCCAUUUUGCUCCUGGACUCCAAGAAAAACAAAAAGCUGCUUUACCGUAGAAGAUCCUGUCCUGCACCUGAACCGCUCGCCUCACCUGAUCCUGACAGUCACUUUCGUUCAGUUCCUGAUGUUUCAGGCUUCAGACGUGAGGACUGCAUCUCCUGUCUUGACACAAAAAUGCCAGAAGAUAACGUCUGUGUGGUGUGCAUGGUAAAAGAGGCCAGAAUCACACUGCCUUGUGGCCACCGGUGUUUAUGUAAAGACUGCAACUUCAGAGUCUGUGAGCAGUUUGGCACCUGCCCGCUGUGUCGACACACGAUCAGCGCUCCAUCAGUGGGGGAGAGGUGGUUUAUAGAGGUCUGCUGA